AUGACAACAAACAUGGCUGACUGUACUUGGAAAGAGGAUGAUAAGUUAAAAGAAGCCAUGACACAGCUUGUUCAGCAAGGACUCCAAAGGAUCGAGGCGCUGGACUUCCUUAAACGUGACUUCCCACAGUAUCCUUGGAGCAUGAGAACUCUUGACAGGCGACUUCGUCACUUUGACAUUUUCUACAACGACAAGAGUGUUGAAGUCGAAGACGUACAGACAGCGGUGGGAAACGAACUGAAAGGCCCUGGUAAGCUUUUAGGUUACCGGGCUAUGCACAGAAAACUCCGCCAAGAGUAUGGCAUAAAUGUAACCAGAGACCAAGUUUACAAUGUCAUGACGGAAUUGGACCCAGAGGGUCUUGAAGCACGCGGCGGUAUUGGGGCGAAGAAAAAAAGACAGAAAGGAAAUUUUACUACAAGGGGAUCAAACUGGGUUCACUCGUUAGACGGCCACGAUAAACUUAUGGGAUACCAACAUUUGACAUUCCCAUUGGCUAUCUAUGGCUGCCUUGACACAGCAAGUAGAAAACUACUUUGGUUACGAGUCUGGAAAUCGAACUUUUACCCCAUAGUGAUUGGACGGUGGUAUUUCGAUUAUCUUUACGAGACAAGAGUGAUGGCUGCAAUGCUGAGGGUAGACAGGGGCACAGAAACUGGGGUAAUGGCUACAUUGCAUUUCUUUUUACGAAGACAUCAUGGCGACAUGGACCCAAGUGACUCUGUUGUUUAUGGACCUUCAACUGAAAACCAGGUAGCUUAGUUACUAUACAAGUUCUUACAAUAUACAUGGAGCCAUUUUUAACGUUUAGCUUUGAAAUGAGUUCUUGUGAGGGGGCGAUAAUUUUGCUCAGUCCGUUGAUAAUGCUAUCCUGUUGGGGUAGAGAGGGGAGGGAUUAUCAUCUACUAUACUGCUUAUAAUUCUAGAGGAGACGACAGAUGCUAAGUCAUUACAAUGUCAUUUCAGGUAUAGAUUGCAUGCACAGAUUAUAAGGCCUGGUUUAUGCAAAAAAGGUCAUUUUUGAAUUGCUAUUUUGGAAACUAUUUACAGCUAUAAUAAAGUGAAUUAUAGUGUAUUAUCGUUUGUCUCACAGUGUACAGUGUAGUCACUUGAAGGAAGUAGAACGUAACGUUUCCACUGUAAAAAUUGUAAAACACGGUUGCACCACACGGUGGCUUCUGUAGUUAUGCAGUCUUCAGAGCCAUGUUGUAAUAUAUUAACUAAAUUCUCAGGUUAUUGCUGGGAACAUUCCAUGCCAACAUAAUUGUGUUCACCUCUCACCUUGUUUGUAAUUCAAUCCUAGAUUGAGAGAUGGUGGAGAGAGCUACACGAGCGCAUGGAGAAAUACUAUAAAGGUCAUUUGUGUUGGCUCAAGGACCAAGGCCAUUAUCAUCCACAUGAUGACAAAGACAGGUUGAUUCACUAUGCAUUUCCUCAGUGUAUCAUUCACAGUGAAACCUGUAUAAAGGGGACCUUAUUAAGCGAGCACCCUGUGUUAAGCGGACACUGGAGCAUUCCCCGAAGGUGUCCGCUUAAUACAGGUUGCACUGUGUUUAUACACCUUGGAGAUUGGGCUCCAUGUAACCUCCCUACCUUUUUCCUGGGGUCUCUUCUCUCUCACUCCAGGAGGGUGUGGGAAGAUUAGAGACCCUGGUAAUGAGGUUGCUAACUUCCUGUGCUUUUUGUACCUGGUAACCAUCAAUGCAACUCAAUAUUAUGAUUGAACUAAAAAAAGAAUUAUAAAAAAACAAGCCAGUUCUAAUGCAUGUAAAUUAGGUUUUGUCUCUGGAAAGCCAAGGUUCAGUGUCAAGACAUAUGGAAUAUUAUUUGUGGCAUGAAUGGUUGGGAGAUGUUAUGUUUUUUUUUUCAAUUAGCCAGACAUAAAACAACCAGGGUUGUAACUCUGCAACAUUUUAAUUCUGUUGUGUUCCUCUCCAAUCGUAUAGGAUGCUUCUGGCGUUCAUCAUGAUACCGCUAAUACAGAAAGAUCUAGAUGUCUUUAGAGAGUCGGUUUGGAACACUCAUAGGAUACGUGCACAGAAGGACACGAUUCUUCCAGAUGGCAUUCCAAACCACAUGUAUAGUUUCCCUGAACAGUAUGGCCUGGAAGAAUGUGGUUUGUUUGGAACACCUGAUACCAUUUCAGACUUGGCAUUUUUCUCGUUUUGGUAAUUUUCUCUUUGACUUUUCAUUUGGAUUAGAUUACAGGUCUCCCAGUUACAGAGGAACAGCUCAAGGAGGCAGCUACUCAGUCUGGAGUGCUGACUGUUCCUGAUGAUUUUCUGCAGCCUGAAUUUAGAGCAGAAUGCGAACGUGUCUUACCAGAUAGUGAAACGAUUAGACCCCAUGAAUGCAGGGAUGCAUACAUUUACUUAAAAAAUAACUUCCAGCUGUGA